AUGAAGACCGAUCUCUGGCUUCUUGCCGCUAUCUUCUUUGGCGCUGCUGAGGCUGCGGUCUCUUCGAACUAUACUGAAGCUAUACUUAGCUCUGGGACUAUCAAGCUCGGUAGCUGGCAGAACGCAUACGAAAAAGCUUCCGCAUUUGUUGAUACCCUCAGCGCCUCCGAUAAACUCUCCAUCAUCACUGGUAGUAGUGCUGGCAACUUCUCCGGUCUUGAGAUCCUCGAUUCGUCUGCCAACCCCAUCAACUACUACUAUGUUACCGCUUGGCCAGCAGGCAUCGCAAUGGCCAUGACCUGGGAUAAAGCCAUUCUUGAGGGUCAAGGUCAAGCGUUGGGGGCAGAAUUCAAGGGGAAGGGAGUUAAUGUUGGUUACGCACCCACUGUUCAGCCUCUUGGACGUUCACCCUGGGGCGGCCGAGGAGGCGAGAGUUACGGCCCCGACUCUUAUUUCUCUGGCAUUAUGGGCGGCGCAUUAGCCAAAGGAAUGUCCGCUAGUGGUGUCAUUCCUGGUGCAAAACACUACGUGCUCAAUGAGCAGGAGACCAACCGUCAAGGCUCGAACAGUAUGGGCGGUGGAAUAGGUGGAGGUUUCGGGGGCCCUGGAGGCAACUCCACAGAUGGUGGCGCUGGUGGCGCUGGUGGCGCACCCCCGAGCAUGCAACGUCGUCAGAACAUAGCGGUUAAUUCUACGAUAUCUUCUUCGGAAGCCUACAGUGUCGUGGUCGACGAUAAAGCUCUCCAUGAGACCUACCUCGCACCAUUCUACGACACGGUCAAGAACGAUGUUGGUGCUGUCAUGUGCUCAAUGAACCGUAUCAAUGGUACAUACGGGUGCGAGAACCAGGACACGCUUUCAAGGCUUCUCAAAACCGAAAUCGGCUUUCCCGGCUUCGUCAAUCCAGAUGCGGGUGCUCAGAAAACCGGUAUCGACUCCGCCAAUGCGGGGCUUGAUUACGGCUCAUCGUCUUCCUGGAGUAACGAUACACUUAUCGCUGGCAUAGCUAACGGCACCUUCACAGAGGACCGUCUCAACGAUAUGGUCAUUCGCAAUCUCAUCGGCUACUUCCGCCAGAAGCAGGAUGUGAGUUACCCCACGCAUGCAGGAUACACAGACCAUGUAGAUGUCCGUGGCAAACAUGACGAAUUGGCGCGCAAAUAUGCAGCAGAGUCAUUAGUGCUGUUGAAGAACACUAACGGUGCUCUUCCACUGACCAAGAACCGACGUGUCAUAUCCAUCUUCGGUAGCCACGCCGCUCCUCGCAACGUUGGACCGAACACGGCCCUCACCGUUCAGUCUGGUGUUGCCGAUACCAUGGAGGGUCAUAUGACUCAGAACGGCGGCAGUGCAAUGUCUUCGAACGCAUUUCUGGUCACUCCAUUCCAGGCUUUCAAUGAAAGAGCUGAAUCAGAAGGGCUCAUGCUCAAAUGGUGGCUUAACAACACAGUUGUCGAAAGCUCGGGUGGGGGUAUGAUUAUUAGUGACGGUACCGGUACGGAGAUUCAGGAGACCACUCUUGGUAUGGCAGAUGGCUCGGAUGCGUGUAUCGUCUUCAUCAACGCGUGGGCUGGUGAGGGAGGAGACAGAAGUGAGCUUGCGAAUGCGGAACAGGACUACCUGGUUACCUACGUAGCGAAUAACUGCAACAACACCAUCGUCGUUGUCAACACCGUCGGCCCGCGCCUUCUCUCCCAGUGGGACGACCAUGAGAACGUUACCGCUAUCCUCUACGGUGGCCCACUCGGCCAAUCUUCCGGUCACGCCAUCAACGAAGUACUUUUCGGCGACGUGAACCCUUCCGGCAAGCUCGUACAUACGCUCGCGAAGAACGAGUCCGAUUACGACUCGAAUUUCCAGAUCAGAGAAGCAUCCGAGAUUGACUUCACGGAGGGCAACUUCAUCGAUUACAAGUACUUUGAUCAGCAGAAUAAGAGCGUGGGGUACGAGUUUGGUUACGGAAUGAGCUACACUACUUUUGAGUACGCAUCCAACGUCACUGUCACUUCAGACAGUGAGAAGCUCGCCCAAACCUAUGCGACUGGUGCACGUGCUGUUGGCGGCCGCGAGGAUCUAUGGGAUAUUGUUGCCACUUUCAGCACCACCAUUACCAACACAGGCCGUGUCGCUGGUGCUGAGGUCGCACAGCUGUAUGUCGAAUUCCCCGCUGCAGCUGAUGAGCCGGCCAGGCAAUUGCGUGGUUUCCAGAAGGUUAUGGUCAAAGCUAGUCAGACCAGGAAGGUGCAGUUUGAACUUCGCAGGAGAGAUCUGAGUGUGUGGGACGUCAUUGCGCAAGAGUGGGCGGUUGUGAAAGGAGAUUAUAAGAUGCAUGUCGGAGCUAGCAGCCGGGAUUUGAGGACUGUGGCAACGAUGACGGUGUGA